AUGGCUAUAUGCAAGCUAUAUUUGAGAUGCCAGCCUAGGAAUGUUUCGUUUUGGAAUGAAGGUCGUGCUCCAAUCACUGUCACAAUCGCGAUCACAAACCAACCUAAGGAACCUAAGGAUUUCCCACCUGCCACUGACCAUGGAAAUAGCCCCAAGGAGCAGGCUUCUUGGUGCAGGAAGCCUGGCACAGCGACAUUCUGCUCCUCUAGGUGCCGUCCUAGAGCCGGUGGACAACAGCAGAUAACCAGCAAACGAUCGCAUGCACUUGAAAUGGAAGAGCUGGGGAGCGGCAAGGUUAGGCUCUUCCAGAUGACAUGGGAUGAGGCAUUUGAGAGUAACUGCCCUCAACUUUUUGAUAUGUGGUUCUUGCAGUGUUCAGUAUUGGGCGUGCAUGCAACAUUCUCGCAGUAA